AUGCCCGACUUCACAGAUACCCUUCGCCCCAGCAAGCCGGACGGCCCUGAGCUCCUGGCUCGCGAACGAGCGCAGUCAAACGUCCCAGUUGACGAGCUUGCAAGCCACCUACUGGGCAGUGAUGGAUUUCUUUCUCGGCAAUCUAAAGUCCUGCAGGUAGUACAAAAUGAGCCGCUGCUUAACAAAUCGCACCAGCAGAAUAUCUCACGACCAGAUCGAUUCAAACUUGCCCUUGCGCGGGGGAAACUUCUCCGCCGUCUCGCUGAUAAGCAUAAAUGGACACAAGAAGAACAUGAAACGGCUGAGUAUUUAGUCGACGAUGUCUCGCCGUACAUGCUGCACAUGGGCAUGUUUAUCACUACGAUCCGGGAACAGGCAAAUGAUGAACAGCGCGCGUACUGGCUCCCUAAGAUAGAAGGGUGGAGGAUUAUCGGUGCCUACGCCCAAACAGAACUUGGGCAUGGGAGUAAUGUCCGUGGGCUGGAAUUGCAAGCUCGAUAUGAUCCGCGCACGAAGGAGUUCGUCCUGCAUAGUCCGACUUUGACGGCGAGUAAAUGGUGGAAUGGGACGUUGGGCCGGACGGCGAACCAUGCCAUUGUCGUUGCACAGCUUCUGCUUCCUGAUCCAACAGGCAGUGACGGUUCAGAUGGAACGGAGUAUGUGUCGUACGGCCCUCAUCCAUUCAUGGUCCAAGUGAGAGACACGAAGACGCAUCUGCCAUUCGACGGGAUUGUGAUUGGGGAUAUUGGACCAAAGUAUGGGUAUGCGACGAUGGAUAACGCGUAUAUGCUGUUUAACAACUUCAGAAUUCCCCAUUCCGCAAUGCUAUCUCGCUACUCCAAAGUCGAUCCAGAAACCGGGCGAUACACAAAACCAGAGCAAUCCGCUGUCGUCUACGGUACACUGACAUACAUGCGCUCUAAAAUUAUCCAACACGCUAGACUCGUUCUCGCGCGUGCAGUCACAGUCGCAGUCCGGUAUACCUCCGUCCGACGCCAAUUCUCAGACCGCGACGGUGGCUCGAACAGUGCUGAGCUCCCAGUACUUGACUAUCCAACGGUGCAAAUCCGCAUUCUGCCUCUGCUGGCCACCUCAUAUGCACUCCAUUAUACGGCGCUGGCCAUGCAGAAUAUAUACAGCAAGACCAGGAAGCAGAUUGAAUCUGGUGACUUUAGUAGCCUUGCGUACAUGCAUAGCAUGUCCUCUGGACUGAAGAGCCUGUGUACGACGCUUGCUGCAGACGGUAUUGAGACUUGCCGAAGAGCGCUGGGAGGGCAUGGCUUUGGGGGUGGGAGUGGGCUUAUCCAGUUGAAUAAUGACUAUUUGUCUAAGCCCACGGUCGAAGGGGAUAACUGGAUGAUUACGCAGCAGACGGCGGCGUAUAUGAUCAAGAAGAUGGCGGCUGCUGUUGGUUCUCAGAGUGCUGCGACUGAUGAAAUCGAUGUUCAAUUUGGAACAUAUUUGCCUCUGGUUCAGAGCAGCGAUAAUGGGGAUUGUAAGUAUGAUAUCUUUGGCAACGACCAAGACUUGGCCAGAAGCUUUCAGCACCGGGCCACCGCACUCGCCUACAAUGUAUACCAAGAACGCGUGAUAAAGAAACGACCGUGGACUUCACUCAUGACCCAAUUCCACAAGCUGAGCAAAGCACAAUCCCAAUCAAUCCUCGUCACGCAAUUCUACGAGGCCCUCAGCACAAGCAAGGACUUGUCAAACUCGUCACUGGUAGUUCUGUGGGAUCUAUACCGGCUCUUCGCUCUAUGCACCCUCGAGGCAGACCGAUAUGAGUUUUUCACCUGCAACGCCGCGUCAAGAUCUCAACUAGACGAGAUACCAAAUAAAGUCAAUGAAAUAAUGACGCGUAUCCGACGUCACGCAGUUCGACUGGUCGAUUCGUGGAGUAUUCCGGAUUACCUCCUGGAUAGUGCUCUUGGACGAUAUGAUGGGCGGGUAUACGAAGAUCUAUUCAACAGGGCGCAUAGACUGAAUCCGCUGAACAAGCUCACUGUGAAUCCGAAUUACUGGGAAGAUGAGAUUGUCAAGGGUGGAGAUGACUUGAAGAGUAUAACGUCGAAGCUCUAA